CAGCGCAGCAGCAAAAGGGAAACCAAGGACACACACACACAAAAAGACUUCCAACGAAAUCAUAAGGAAAUAAUCUAUCUGAGCAUCCACUCGUUGGUCUAAAAGACUUUAACGAUCCUAAGCCCCACCACCCCCCCCCGGACCGGAGCACCACCGUCUCCGUGAAGCCGCGCAAACACCCCGAGUGUUUUUCUUUUUUUGGUUUUCCGCACAGACGCAGACGGCUCCGUCCUGCUCGGCAGCGGCCUCCAUUUUAGCUUCUUGCCCGGUCGGCGCCUCACGUGUCCUGGACUGUCUUCCUCACAUGACCCGUGUGUUUGUCCCCGUGAUCAGCGCUUCCAUCUCCGUAAAUCAGUGUCGUUGAAUAUCGGCGUUUUACACCCGCGAAACCUUCAUGGAUAUGCUGGAGCAGAGUCUGGACAGCUCGGCGAGUCACGACAAACAGGAAACAGAAGAGGUGGUGCAGUUACAGGAAGGAGAGGCCGUGGGGACGGAGGAGCAGACCGCAGUGACCAUCACCGGUGUCCCGCAGGCUGCGUUCGCCGACCACAAUGUGCAGUACCAGUUCCGCACAGAGAACAGUGGAGGGCAGGUGACCUAUCGCGUGGUUCAGGUGACAGACGACCAGUUAGAAGCAACAGCUGACGGAACCGGAGCCGUCAGCGUCGUCUCGACCGCGGCGUUUGCCGGAGCCCCUCAGGCAGUGGCGCAGGCUGUUAUCCAGAACCCCUUCAGCAAUGGAGGCAGUCCGGGCGGGGAGACUGUGGGAGGAGAGACACGUUUCGCUUAUUUCCCCGCCGCCACCGUCAGCGAUGGAACAGCCACGGCCGUGUCGGUGCAGGCCACCGCCGACCCAGCGAUCACACAGGCAGGAGGUCAGUUUUACGUGAUGAUGAGCCCCCCUGAAGUGCUGCAGACGACGGCCCCUCGUACCAUCGCACCACGCACACACACCUACACCGCAGGCCUUGGUGAAAGCGAGAUGUUGCAGCAUGGCAGUACAAACUGGAAGGUGGAGGGUCCACGGGCGCCCAGAGACGAGAGGCGAAGAGCACAGCACAAUGAAGUGGAGAGAAGACGACGAGACAAAAUUAACAACUGGAUUGUCACACUUUCAAAAAUCAUCCCUGACUGCAGCGUAGACAGCAGAACUGGAGCGAGUAAAGGAGGCAUCCUGUCGAAAGCUUGCGACUACAUUCGAGAGCUGCGUCAGAACAACCAGCGACUGCAGGAGAGCUACAAGGAGGUGGAGCGAGUCGAGAUGGACAACGAGCUGCUCAGACAACAGAUUGAGGAACUGAAGAACGAUAAUGCACUGCUUCGGGCGCAGCUACAGCAGCACGGCAUAGAAGUCAACGGAGAUGCAACGCCGCAGUGAUAGUGUACUGGACACAUGAAACAUCACAAACACAAUGUCGCAUCCUCCCACCCACCUGAACAAUAGCAGGAAAGGAAUAACGGCGAGCGACAACAGGACCGCCAAAACACGCGGGAGCAGCACACUGAAGGACUGCAAACUGAAAACGCCUCCUCCACCUCCAGCUGCUCAAAGGCUGAGCGCUCUGAAAUCCGUUAACUGUGUAGCUCACUGAACCUUUCAUCUCUGCUUCGAGGAGCACCGCCUCUGCACGGCAACACCACCACGCUUGCACCAAACGUACUUUUUACUUUAAAUUAUAAACCUGCCAUAGAAAAUUUACUUUUAAUGAUUACACCUUUUUAUUGUACUGCAAACGCCCACUUGUUCCCUUUUUCUUUUUUCCUCUUUUUUUGUUGACAUUUGCUUUUUGAAACUACUAAAUGUGACAUGAAUGAUAGCUCCCAUUUGCUUUUAAUUUAUUAGUCUUUCAGGUAUGUGUGCACAGAAAGGAAAAGCUAAUUUCUGAAUUUACUCUUAGCACAGAAACAAAUAAUGGGCAAGUCGGAUAUUUUGAUUGCGCUCACCAACGUUUCUGUUUACUCUCAGUGGAUCACGUGUAUAUAUGUUAAUCUGAGUGACUUUUUAAAUUUUCUUCCUUUUAACACUGACAGCCCAAGAACCAGGCAGAGCUCACACACUUUGUAAACACUGUCCAACGUCAGUAAAUUCAAAGGCUACAAUACAGUGAAAGCAAACGCAGCUUUGAGAGCACAUUUCUAGUGCAAGGCCUUAAUAGAAGCCUGUUGGAGAAUCUAGGUGUUAACAUAGCUCAGGUAAUUGGGAUAGUGCACUGGCAAGUGGUUCCCAGACUCAAUGAAGUCUUUACAUGUAGAGUUCAGAUCUCUGGUGUGUGUGUGUUCCCCCCCCCGUUAGGUGCAAUGUACAGAUAAAUGAGCAUGUGGAGACGAUUUUCAGCGUGUGAGUCGUUUUUAACGGGCAUUAAAAUAUAGUUUGUUUGUAUAUCUGCUAAAUAGGUAACAGGUGUAAUGCACUGAAACAGAGGAACAGCCACGAGAGGUUUGAGACCGGCCUCUGUUUGGCCUACUAGUCCUGCUGCAUUUUUAGUGGACACCCGAGGCGGCUUUUUUUUUUCCUUUUUUUUUUUUUGCAAUAUUCCCUAAUUCUUUAAAAGUUUGGGAACUUUGGGAAGCGUUGCUGCUGACAGAAGACCUUGAAACAACUGCGGUCAGGAAUAUGUUGAGGAUAGUUUUGGUGUGAGUGAUGAUAGUUGUAAUUAACCAGCUUUUGUCACCACAGCAUGGAAAUAUAACCACUGGCAUGACUAAUUCUAAAACUACAAUAAAACAAACGCGUUUAUACUUGA